AUGGAUUACCAUGUGCCGUUUCCAAUCGACUUUAAACUCUUGCAAAGUGUCUUGUUGAGGGUUUUGCUGGGGUAUCGCACUGACAACUUAACAGUUGGCGAAUCUGCAAGUUACCGAGAAAUAUUUCCUUCAGAAAUAGGGGUCGAAGUGAGAUGUUUUGGUGCUGUUAUAAUAUGCGGCAACUCAUUCCCAAUAGGAAUAGUCGGUGAGUUGAAUAAACUCAACGAGCUUUGCGGAAAAAUUGCAAAGGUGUUUCCAAAUUUUAGUGAUUUUGCCGCGCGAUUGAGAACAGUUUGAUUUUCAUCACAAUUAUCAGCGUCCUCUACGAUUUGUCGCUUAAUUCUCGGCUGUUCUCUGUUCUGAAACGAUUCUAGUAUUUCCUUCCUAACUUCUUCCAAAUGCUCAGAAGCGCGCUGAAAUUUUAUAAGUUUCUUGUAGCAAAAGGGUUUGCAAAUAAACAAGUCAGGUUGUGCAGAAUAACUGUGUACAUCAACACCAACGCAUGAUCUUAUGAUAUCACCAAAAUCUAUUGAAGAUUUGCCAAAUAUAUACACUUUUUUCAAAGUGUCUAACGAAUACGUAAAACACCGAUGUCUUUCAACCAAUUUUUUUUGAGUUUCCUGCAUUUUAUUAUUUUUAUAUUUAUAAGAGACAUCCUGCUUCGAUAAUAAAUGAAGUCAAUACGACAAUAGUUAAAAAUAGAAUGACAUUGCACGUGACGAAUACUCACUACAGCUUCGCGCCAAAUUCUGAUUGCAUAUUAUUGUUACUAUUAAUAGUACAUUCCAAUCAGCAUUCCUAAGCAGGCAGAAAGGAAUGUUGUUCGAAAGCUAGCAGCCUGUGAGUGGGAAUACCCGCGAAUAGGCUGCGAGGGAGACUAGAUAGUGGGAAAACCAUGUAAAUUUCAAACAGGGGCCCGAUAAUAAAAACCAUCGAAAAACCAUGGAAAUUUAUUGAUUAGCCGUCUUCAUAAAGUAUGUCAAUACCAUGUAAAUGAAAAGUGGGGGCCCGAUGAUAAAAACCAUGGAAAUUUAAACACUGCGCACAAAUUAAAUAAUUCAAGUACCAGUUCGCCCAGUAAAGCGACUAAAGCAAAAGAUUUGAAACAUAAUGAUGAUAAGAACCAGGAGGACGAAAUAGAAACCGAAGAACAAGUAGAGUUGAAGGAUAUUAUGGUUAUGAUGAAAAAUAUGAUGAGAAAGCUAGAGAAAUUGGAUCUUAUUGAAACUAAAGUGAAGUCAGUCGAGCAAGAGCUGAGAAGUAUGAAAGAUUCAAUAGAAUUUGCGCAUUCAGAAGUUAAAGAUUUGAAAAGCGACAACGAAGAACGCAACAAAAACGGACGAGCUAACGAGACAACAAAUAGAAAAAUUGGAGAAAGAAAAUGA